AUGGCGAUCAUCGGCGACGCGCUCCGCCAGGCUUUUAUGCCUAAGCGCGAGUACGAGAGCCUCAGAGAAGAAGAAAAAGCAUGGGGCAAGCUUCAGAGACCUUUAAUGACGGCUUUUAUUGUUGUCAUUUGGCUUGCAAUCAUAGCAUGCACGAUUAUCAGUUUGAAUAUUAUGUUUCCAAGCAAUGAAGGGAGGAGACCGUUCUGCUCUGAUCGGAGGCUUCAGCCGAUACCGAUGGGUAUGAAGGGUGGAUCGGAUUCCGAUCUGUUUCCGGGCGCCGCCUUUUAUUUGACGGAUCAAGAGAUUGCGGAUUAUUUCUGGAUGGUUGUGUUCAUUCCUUCCAUGAUCAUCUUCUUGGUAUCGGUUGUGUAUCUCAUUGCUGGCAUUGCCGUCGCUUAUUCUGCUCCAGCUAGGCAUGGAUGCUUGAAGGUGGUUGAAAAUAACUACUGUGCUUCAAGAAGAGGAGGUGUUCGCUGCCUAUCUAUCUUGAAUCUCAUAUUUGCUAUCGUUUUUGGUCUUCUUGCAUUGUUUCUUGGAUCAAGCCUGCUGACAUUUGUGAGCAACUGCUCUGUACCCCUGUUUUGGUGUUAUGAAGUUUCGUCAUGGGGAUUGGUUAUUCUAUACGGUGGUACUGCCUUCUUCCUAAGGAGAAAGGCAGCCGUGAUUCUUGAUGAGGGAGACUUCAGUGGUAGAAAUCUCGGGCUAGAAAUGCUGGAAGCGAAUCCCGCGGAGGUCACACCAGAUGUUGAAAGGCGUGUUCAUGAAGGUUUUAAAGCGUGGAUGGGAUCAUCCCUUCUAUCCUCUGAUGACGAAGACGAACCUGACAAUUACAACGAGGCACCUCGUGCUCAUACCAAUUUGAAUGGGGGGCGACUCUGACAAAUUCAGUGGUAGCAAGGAACUGUGCUUCGUGAGGGGUACCUAAUGUAACUCGAACUGACACAAACAGUUGCUAAUUAAGAGUAAAGAUGGAAUUUUUUGUUGUUAGAGCUGUAGAUUAAUAUGUUGUUAGGGAAUCAGAGUAAUUUCCGAGCGGUUAACUUGUGAAUGAUCUGACUCUUGCUUCGGGUUUAUGUUAUGUAGUCAAGGGAGUGUAUUUAACCAACUUUUUCCCUGAUCUUUUCCAUCCAUGUUUACUUUUGCGCAUGCCAGACAAUCAAGUUGUGGCUUUUUAUCCCA